AUGCGUCAACUCACGGAACAAGAGCUGCAAACGCUGCUUGCCAAAUUGGCAGGCUACACUGGGCGAUCCCUCAACAACCUCAUUGUCCCCCAGUCCGAUUCCGAGGACGAGCGACAUGUCUUCCGUCUGCAGGGAAACCGAGUAUACUACGUGAAGAAGUCUCUGGCUGAUUUGUCGACGAGCUUUUCGCGAGACACUUUGCUUUCGCUGGGAAUCUGUAUCGGUAAAUUCACAAAGACUGGAAAAUUCAGAAUCCACAUCACAGGUGCGAACGAUCCAUCCGAAAUGGUCAAAGUGGCAUGGCUUGCUAACAGAGUCGCACGUUUAGCGCUCGAUGUUAUUGCCCCUCACGCGAGAUACAAGGUCUGGAUCAAAGAUAACGGCAUCAUGCCCUACCUCUACGGAUCGAAUGUCGUCAAGGCCCACGUCGGAAGAUGGAGUGAGGAUAUCCCGGAGCACACAGGAGUCGUGGUGUACGAUUCGAACGAUACGCCUCUGGGAUUCGGUGUCACUGCUCGAUCCACCGCAGAGAUUCGCAAGUUGGAUCCGACUGCCAUUGCCGUAUUCCGGCAAGCCGAUGUAGGAGAGUACUUGAGAGAGGAAGAUACUCUGUUUACGACGUAA